AUGGACAAACGCGAUAAUGGAAUUGAGAACACAACAACAGAUGUUGGAGUUCAGCACCGACUUGACGCUCCGGUUCACUCAUCGUCUGUUCGUAGACCAUCGUCCAGUCAUUCUAUUUCAGAGGACGAUCUGGAUCAGAAUGCUCCGUUUGUGCGCAAGCGCGCUUACGUUUCUGCGCACCAAGCCGUUGAACCCGAACAACCAGGCGUGUUUUCUACUCUCUACUCCCCGCGACUGUGUUCCUCUCCUUUUCCUCCGGUUUCUGGACAGUGCACUUCCAGUUCAUCAUGCCAGCUACUCUUGGCCGCGCCCCAGCGAACUUUGUCCACGAACUCACACACCGUUAAUCCUAAGAUAACACAUCUACCUCAUCGCCGUAGCUCUCGGUCAAUCCCAGCGAACUCGGUGAAAUCUCGGACUUCUAAUCAAAUGAAGCAAUCGGCUCUCCCAGGGGUUCAUUAUACUGCCAGCGCCAAUCCGGUUUCCAUUGACUGUUCCCCUGUCGUAGAAAAUGCAGCCACGCAUCCUCCUGUUGCUACCAGUGAAGUGUCUUCCUUGCUUACGCACAGAAGUGGCAAUGAUGCUUCUUUUGAGUCAGGCAAACUACCAGAUCCGGCUUUACCUGAUGGUCACAUUUUUCCUCGUCGAGCGAAGUCACAUAACAAAUGUGUCCGACCCAAACGACAGCAAUGA